CACAAAUUCAUGCAUAUAAUUUAAAUUUUAAUUAUUUACUAUUAGAAUAUAACAUUUUAAAAUUAGAUGGUUUAAAUUUUACAAUGGCUGAAGCAGAAUGGGACAAAAACUCAAACGAACUGGAAUUGGAUUUACUAACAAAUGUACAAAAAGAAUUUAAUAAAAAAAAUUAUGAAGCCUGUUUGAAAAUCCUCGAUCAACAAGGAAGUGGAAAUCAAAUUUCAGAGUUUAAAAACCAUCAUAACAAAGCUAUUGUAAAAUUUUAUAUGUCAAAUUGUAAAGACUACAAAAACUUAUUAGAAUUUCUGGUAGAGCAUGUAGCAAAGUUUAAGGGUAGUUCAAAUGAGGCGAAAUACAGUAUCUCAACUGCUUGUUACAAUAUGGCUGUAAUUUACUAUCAACUACGAAAACCCUACGCAGCGUUGGAAAUUUUAAAUACAAUAGUAAAUAAAAUAGAAGAUUUAGAUGAAUCUAUUGGAUGUCGAAUUGGAUUAUUAAUGUUGAGCUUGUUGUUACAAGUGAAUCAAGUUAAGAAAGCCGUUUCCUUUCUUAAGGUCUUAGAAAAGCAGUUAAAAAUUUGUAUUGAAAAUUUCACUGUCGAAGAGUAUUCAUCAGUUGAUGAUGUCAAUGGCACAGAUCGUAUGUUUCGGCUUAUGUCCUUAUUAACAUCAAUUGUUAAUCAAAAUUUUGUCAAUGUUCCUGAAGAUGGGAGUGCUGAAUUCGCGGUUUUGAAGGCUCAUAGUUAUUAUGUUGGAAAAGACUUUCAAAUGGCUGCCAAACAACUUUCUAAGAAGUUUACAGCAAGUUGGUGUCCAACUAUAAAUCACGGAGAAAACGAGGACACAGUUAUUUCGAACAAUAUGGGUGUAAUACACUUGCGUGUUCGACAUUAUGCUAUAGCAGCAAGGUUUUUCCAAAAUGCUAUCCAAUUCGACUUGAAAAUGUCAGAAAAUUGGAAAAAUUUGUCAUUACAUAAUAUGGGUGCAUCGAAAAUGCCAGAAAUCAUGUAUAACCUGGGUAUAUCAAUGUUACAUCUACAACGUCCAAAAGAUGCGUUUGAUUGUUUUCUAAUACCAUUAAAGAUAUAUUAUAAAAAUCCAAGACUAUGGUUGCGAGUAGCCGAAUCUUGUAUUAUGUUUUAUGAAAAAAAUAACACAGAGAUUGACAAAAAUCGUAUAGUGUCAUCAGUUAUUGGAACUGGAAUUCAUAGGAAAUAUGUUUUAGAACCAUCGCCGAAGAUUAAGUUUUCUGAAGAUGGACAAUCCUCAGCGAUUCCUAACCCAAAUUUAGAAUUUGCCGCUCUAUGUCUUCGAAAUGCGGUCAGUUUAGUCGAAAGUUAUAAACACAAAUUUAUAACUUCAGAAAAUUUAGACGGUAUGGAAUCAGAUAGGGUUUGGAAUGAAGUUAAUGACAACAAUUUUUGUUCUCCUUCAAUUCCUGUAAAUAAAGAAGCUUUUGAUAAUCUAAGGGCUGCCAUUUAUGCUGCUUCUAGCUAUGUAUCUAUCAAACUGGGGGAUUUUGUUAUAGCACUGGAAUACGCGAAAACAUUGCUUGAAUUGGAAAACCUUUCUGAUGCAUACACAAUGCUUGGAAACUUAUACUGCGCGGAAUCAUUGGUUAUGCUAAACCGUUUAGUUGAAGCUAGGGUUCAUUUAGAACCGAAAAUAGUAAAAAAUUCCAAUUAUUUUGAUUUUGAGACCCGUCUGUGGCAAUUAAACUCUUUAGAAGCAGCGCAAGCAGUAAUUAAAUAUAAUUUAGUUGUGAUUUUAGUUUUGCAAGGGGAGUUCGAUGUAGCUAAGGCUUUUCUUACCACAUUUACCCACCCAGUAGUUAUGAACAAAGUGAAACUGUUGAAAAUGUAUAUCGAAGUGGCAACUGGAAAAUUUUGAAAAAUUAUUAAAGUUACAAGGAUUAAAGCCAAUUAAAACAUAAAUUAUAAAAAAUAUGUGUAAAUUCAAAAAAUAAUGAAAAUAGUUUUUAAAAUAAUUGUAAAGAGAGAAUAAA